AUGCAAGGCCGGGCAGCCGGUUUCAUGGAUGAUCACAAUGAAUUAGCUAUAUGUGUACAGAAUGCUUAUAAAAGUUACGGUUAUUGGAAACCUGUUAAUGUUUUACAUGAUAUCAAUUUAAAUGUACCCAAAGGUUUCAUAUAUGGUUUAUUAGGACCAAGUGGUUGUGGUAAAACAACAUUAUUACGAUGUCUUGUUGGUCGUUUACAAUUAAAUAAUGGUCAACUAACCGUAUUAGGAGCAGCACCCGGUUCAAGAGGUCAUGGUGUACCAGGUCACAAGGUUGGAUUUAUGCCCCAGGAAACAGCGUUAUACAAAGAUUUUAAUAUCAGCGAAAUUUUACAUUAUUUUGGUCGUUUACAUAAUAUGACAAGAAAAGAUAUAUUGAAUCGAGAAUCCUUCUUAAUAGCAUUUCUUGAUUUACCAUCGAAAACAAAAAAGAUUUACCAAUUAAGUGGUGGUCAACAACGUCGCGUGUCAUUAGCUUGCGCUCUUUUGCAACAACCGGAGUUGUUGAUAUUAGAUGAGCCUACUGUAGGCGUCGAUCCUCUUCUUCGAGAAAAAAUUUGGAGUCAUUUGAUAUUAAUAUCAAAAACUAAUGGAACAACAAUUGUCAUAACAACACAUUAUAUAGAAGAAGCAAGGAAAGCGAAUAGAGUUGGUCUUAUGCGUAGUGGAAGAAUAUUAGCUGAAGACGAACCACUUGCCCUACUGGAUAAAUAUAAUCAAUCAAGUUUAGAAAAUGUGUUUCUUCAUUUAUGUGUUGCAGAUCAAAAUCGUGUAUUAUCUAAAUUAAAACAAACCGUGAAUAUUACCAAUGAUCAACAUAGACACUUAACAACAGCAACGAAUGCUUUAGUUAUUAAUGAUCAGAAUGGGGCUGAUGUGAUCGAUCGUGAAAAUUGUUUAGCAAAUGUUUCAGUUGAUUCAGAAAUUACUGUACAAACGUCGUUAAAUGAUCGAGCUACGGACGGCCAUGGUAUACAAAUAUUAGCGAAUGGAACAAUAUUGCCUAAACAAGUAAAACCACCGCAAGUCGUGAAAAGUCCACUACUAAGAGUAAAACGUGCAGCAAUUGAUUGUUGUGUUUUUCCUCAUGCACACAAAAUUUGGGCAUUAAUGGUUAAAGAUUUGACGUUAAUUAAAGGAAGUAUCGGAUUUUUGAUAUUUCAGUUUUUGAUACCCGUCUUGCAAGUGUCAUUGUUCUGUCUUUGCAUUGGACGUGAUCCACAUCACAUUCCUUUGGCAGUGGUUAACGAAGAAGCGUCUGCUAAUUAUCCCACAGGCAAUCGAAGUUUAUCAUUAUUAUCGAAAAUUGAUAGUGAAUAUAUAAAACUGCAUUCAUAUAAGAAUAUAUCCGAAGCCACUUUGUAUGCAAGAAGGGGUGAUUAUGAUGGUAUAAUGAGUAUAAGAGCAAAUUUCAGUCAAGCUAUUAUAGACAAACUAACACAAUUUAAGUCAGAUCCAGCAACAUUAGAUCAGGGUGCAAUACAUCUUUCCUUAGAUAUGACAAAUCAACAAGUUACAUAUGUCAUGCAAUCAUCUAUAUUAAAUGCAGCACAAUUGUUCAUAAAAGAAUUUCUUAUAGAAAACAAAAUUGACCCAAGAAUUGCAGAUCCACCUGUUAUUAUUGAAAAGCCUAUCUAUGGUGAUACAUCCCCUCACUUUUUAAAUUUUGCUGCUCCAGGAAUGAUGAUAUCUAUAAUAUUCUUUUUGGCUAUUGGUUUAACAUCACUGAUAUUUGUGGUUGAAAAGAAAGAAGGUUUAUUAGAGCGAAGUUGGGUUGCGGGUAUGACGUUAGUCUCUUUAGACAAAUUCUUUUAG